CCUGAUCAGCUUGUAUCUAACUCUAGUGAGUUACAAUAGUAUGAGAUCUCUCUCUCUCUUCACGAAGAUCAAAUGGAGCUAUUUAAUGAAGAGAUGCCUUUAGUCUCACAAUGCAGUUUCCACUAUCAAUAAUUUAAAAAUCUUUGCAGCAACUCAGAAGAAAAAACAAGAUUGUGUAUUCCCUUUAGCUCUAUAUUUUGCAUAGGAAGUUGGAAAAGAAAUUGAGAACAGACAAAUACUGUCUACAGAGUUUCAGCUGAGAUCCCCAAAUACAAGUGGGUUGAUGUUUUCUUUGACAAGGUACUAACUGAAAAGUUCCAUCAGGUGAGAAGAGUGAUGACCAUCCUUUUCCUUACUAUGGUUAUUUCAUACUUCAGUUGCAUGAAAGCUGCCCCUAUGAAAGAAGCCAGUGUCAGAGGACAAAGUGGCUUGGCCUACCCGGGUCUUCGGACCCAUGGUACUCUGGAAAGCAUAGGUGGGUCAAUGAGCGGUUCAAGAGGAGGAGGACUUCCAUCGUUGACAGAUACCUUUGAACAAGUCAUAGAGGAACUCCUGGAAGAAGAAGAAAAUAUAAGGCAGAGCGAGGAAAAAAAGGACUCGGACAUGUAUACAUCUCGAGUUAUGCUGAGCAGUCAAGUGCCUUUGGAGCCACCACUGCUUUUCUUACUUGAGGAAUACAAAAACUACCUGGAUGCUGCAAAUAUGUCCAUGAGGGUCCGGCGCCACUCAGAGCCUUCCCGACGUGGGGAACUGAGCGUGUGUGACAGUAUUAGUGAGUGGGUGACUGCAGCAGACAAGAAAACUGCAGUGGACAUGUCAGGGCAAACAGUUACAGUUCUUGAAAAAGUCCCAGUACCUAAAGGUCAGCUGAAGCAAUAUUUCUAUGAGACUAAGUGUAACCCUAUGGGUUACAUGAAAGAAGGAUGCAGGGGCAUAGACAAAAGGUACUGGAACUCACAGUGCCGAACAACCCAGUCUUAUGUGCGAGCUCUCACGAUGGAUAGCAAAAAAAAAGUUGGCUGGCGGUUUAUCAGAAUAGACACUUCCUGUGUAUGUACACUGACCAUUAAAAGAGGAAGAUAGUAAAUUUAUCUUGUAUAGAUUAUAUUGAGAAGAGAAUAUCUAUUUGUAUAUAUACAUAACAGGGUAAAUUAUUCAGUAAGAAAAAAAUUAUUUUAUGGACUGCAUGUAUAAAUGAAGUUUAUACAGUACGGUGGUUCUUCAAUCUAUUUAUUGAACAUAUCCAUAAGCUCCGAAGGAAACGGAGUCCUCUGUGCACAAUGCAGCCUGUUUACUGCUGGAGGGGCCCCAAGGGACCCAUUGCUGUGCAAUGUUUCUCUGGCCCCUCCAGCAGAAUAUGGGAUAAGUCUGCAUUAUGUUCCUCAAUAACAUUGUGGUUUGUUGCUGUUGCCAAGAAUUGAAAAACGUAAAGAGUUAAAAGCGAGAGUUGCAUGCUGCUUCAGUUGUGAAUUGAUAACACUCUGUCCUCUUUCAGAUGAAAUUCAAACCAAAACAUACCGUUUACAUUUUAGACAGUAUCCUCAUUCCUAUUGGUAUUAUAUCUGUUUACUGCUUUUAACUUCUGAUAGCGUUGGAAUUAAACAAUGUCACGGUGCUGUUGUCAUAGCUCUACUGUUUAAUUAAUUUUUGUUCUGUUCUUUUUUUUUUUAUGUUUUUUUUUAUUUAUUUAUUUUAUGUUUUUUGUUUUUUUUGUUUUUAUUUCUGGAAAAAAGUUGCAAAG